AUGCCUGCCGCAAUUGCUGAUGCCCCAGCCGUCGCCAUGUCAUGCCGUACUAACAGUUUUGUCGAUAUAGUUGCCAACAACUUCUGGGGCAAGGACGAUGCUGGCGUCGGUCCCCUUCUCGAGCGAAUGGUGAAUUCGAAACAAACUUGCGAUGAGCUCAAAUCAUUCUAUGGCGCACGAGCUGCGAUCGAAGAUGAGUACGCCCGAAAGUUGCUUAACCUUAGCAAGAAAUCCCUAGGCACCCACGAAACCGGAACAUUGAAGGCUUCGCUGGACACAGUCCGCAGCGAGCUCGAGGCCACAGCCAAGCAGCAUCAAAGCAUUGCCGCGCAAAUGAAGACGGAGUUGGAAGAGCCACUCGCAGCGUUUGCAGGGGGAAAUAAGGAGCGACGAAAGAUUAUUCAGGGCACGGUCGAGAAGCUGCUCAAGGUGAAGGUCCAGCAGACAAACCAGGUGAACAAGACUCGAGACAAAUACGAACAAGAAUGCUUGAAAAUUAAAGGUUAUCUCGCACAAGGCCACAUGGUCAUGGGCCAAGAAGAACGUCGAAACAAGGCCAAGUUGGAGAAAACGCAAAUCAGCCUCGCAACUUCAAACACGGAAUACGAGAACGCCGUCAAGAUAUUGGAAGAGACAACAGUCCGGUGGAACCGAGAAUGGAAGGCUGCCGCCGAUAAAUUCCAGGACCUUGAGGAAGAGCGGCUCGACUUUACCAAGAACAGCCUCUGGACAUUUGCCAAUAUCGCCUCAACGGUCUGCGUCAGUGAUGACGCAUCUUGCGAAAAGAUUCGACUCUCUCUAGAGAGCAUGGAUGUGGAGACUGACAUUAUCACUUUCAUAAGUGAGCGUGGUACAGGCCAAGAAAUCCCCGAGGCUCCCAAGUAUAUCAACUUUGUCCGCGGCGAUGUUCACGAUACCCAGUCUGAGGCUUCCGAAGAUGAACACAACUAUACCGUGGCGCAGUUUCCUCGGAGUAUCAAUCCGGCUUUCCGCUCCUCUUCGCCCCAGCCUUCUACGUUCGAGUCUCACCAUGAUCCCAACUCCGCUCUAGCAAAUGAUUUGGCUCACAGGCCCCCACCCAAGCCAACUGGCCGCGAGGGUGCGUCGACUCCUCAAAAGAGCCCCCAGAAGUUGCUUCCGGCUGGACGCCCAUCCACGGACGAGCAGUAUCGUAAGCAGCAACCUCCAAGCAUGGACGAUCGAUAUCGAAAGCAGCCGCCAGGGGUUGAGGAUCAGUAUCGCCGGCAGUUGCCUCCUGCAGAAGAGCCACAGCAGCAGCCUUAUGGAAGACAGCCACAUGCAGCUGAUGACCAAUAUCGCAGGCAACCACCUGCGGCUGAGGAUCAAUACCGUAGACAGCCACCGACCGCAGACGAGCAGUUCCGCAGGUCCCAAACAGGCUCGCAGCCGCCAUCGCCAUACGACACUCGGCACCAGAGUCCAAAACCAACAACCCCUCAUGACCCCUAUCCAAAGGAUGGAAUGACGAUGCUCUGCCGCCCCGGUGCCCCAUCAGCCGGCAGCCCUCAGAUUCAAUCAGCAAGGACCUCUGGACGGGACUCCCGCAGCGAAUAUUCCGAUCCCACGUCAAUUUCUAGCCAGGACCCUCAAAGUGGCAAAACGUCUCCGAUCAAGCAGGACCCGCCAGCUUCUGCAAGCCCUGAUAAUCGGAUGCUCAAAAAGAAGAGCGGCUUUUUCCAGAACCACAGUCCAUUUAGACGUAAGAGCACUAAGGAUUUGCAAGCCGCCGCCAAUGGAAACGCAACGCCUAGCAACAGAAACACCUGGCACCCAUCUCAGUCACAGACAUCGACGAGUCCUGUGCGUCGACCUCAGCCCUACAGCGGCAACAGUGAGCCGCAGACUCGCAAUCUGCUGAAAGAGCGGACCGCCAGCCCAGAACCGAUCGAUGCCAAUGCAAGCUUGGCUCUCGGAGUGGGCGAAAAUGUUCUGCCCGUCACAACAUCUGACACCAAUCGACAAAGACCACAGCAGCCAGUUCAGAAGGCUGAGCCGCAAGACCCAAUCGCAGCUGCCCUGGCAGAGCUUAAGAAUGUCAAUGUGGGCAAGCAAGCCUCCGUGAGGAUGUCGGCCGAUCAGUAUCAUGGUAUUUCUACGCCUGUUCCAAGCACUGAGGCUGCCAUGACACGGUCCUUCCCAGCGCCUGGCAGCCAACCUCCGCCUUCGUAUCAGUCACAGGGUCAGGUGACAAGGCUGGGCGUCCCUCCCCCGGCUGUGACGUCUAGGGCAAUGAAGGAGGCUACCCAGAAGAUCGCGAAUCAGGCUAGGAGCGUUUAUGGCGAUGACGGCCGCAGAGGGUCUGUGAGCAGCGCUCACUCACCUAUUUCCCGACCCGGCACUCGAGGCAACGAUGGCUCGGUUUCUCCAGCAACUAAUCGCGGCGCAUCCCCUCAGCCUCAACGGCGCAUGAGCAACGAUCCUCGACAGACGGGUCGCCAUUCAGUGUCACCGAACCCUUAUCAUGAUCAUCGGCGAAACGGCUCUGCAACCAGCUUAUCGCAGCAUAAUCAAGGGUACUACCGCGGCGCGUCCCCCCAUGGUUCGACUCGAGGAUCCACUAGGGGUGCUUCGCCAAACCCAUACCGAGGAGAUUACAACCAUUCUCAGAGUCGUCCACCGAGCAGUUAUGGUGGUGGGUCUGAAAUGGCGGUACAACUGGCUGGUGGUGGUGGUGAUGAUCGAUAUGGCUCAACUCGAAGUCGAAGCUCCGUACGCCCAGGCUCCCGCGCCAUGGGCUUGUACGAGGGAGGACACCAGCGAAGCAAGAGCGUUGCUGACCCAUCACGACAAUAUUCUCGAGAUGGUCGACCAAUUCUACAUAUGGCACGCGCAAUGUACAUGUAUCAGGCGGCUAUUCCCGAGGAACUUGGCUUCGCUAAAGGCGACUACCUAGCCGUCUAUCGUCAUCAAGAUGACGGCUGGUGGGAAGCAGAAGUCCACAACGGAAGUGGCCAGGUUGGGCUGGUCCCAAGCAACUACCUUCAGCAAUGCUGA